UUUUUAUCACUUUCUAAAGUAAGAAUGUUUAAUUCCGUCUUCUUUGAAAUAUAUUUUUCAGAACUUUGUCUACUCCCCGUGGAUCCCGGGCCCUGUUUCGGAGGCAUAAAAAGUUGGGCGUGGGACAGUAACGAAGGUACUUGUGUCCCAUUCUUGUAUGGUGGCUGCAGAGGCAAUCGAAAUCGUUUUCACUCCCGAAGGUCCUGUGAGAGGAGAUGUGUCGUACGAUUGGAAACCCCGAAAACAGUCGAGAGGUCGAAGUACCGAAACGUACACCCGAACACUCGUAGACUGACACUUGAUCGUGCAGCCGAAUCAAGUGACUUCAAAGGAGCAAGUCGACAGGUACACAAAAAUGACACUGCACAAGCAGAUAUCUUGCAUGGGAAAUCACCAUCAUGA